CCGCUUGCCCAACCACACCGCCGCCGUCGUCAUCAUCAUCAUCCUAGGAGGCAUUCCGUAGAUCUGCUCCGUAUUGAGCAGAUCGGGUGUUAUUGGAGGCGGGGGUGAUUUGUCCUUGAGGUCGGGAGAGGGGGUGGGUUUGUGUGUAGGUGUCCGUGCUGUGUGUGUGUGCCAUUGUACGUGUCGGUGGGUGGGUCAUUCGCUUAUUUAAUUAUUAAGCUAUUCAUCAGUCAACACACACAGCAAUUGUCCGUCGAGUGCCGGGGCCCCUGGUAUAUGUGUGUCUGUGUGUGCGUGUGUGUGCCUAGAGUGGAGAGACACAUAUACUGUCGUAGAAUCUAUAUAAAGACGAGGGAGGGUGACAUAACUUCCCUUGCCACACCACCGCCACCAUCACCACUACCAUCAACCCAGCAGCACCAGCAGAAGCAGCAACAAGGAAGGAUGGCAGCCGUUUUCAGAGCCGCAUUGCAUCGGUCAUUGAACAGGAUCGAACUUGCUUUACCGGCGAAGAUGCGACCCUUUUGGAAUCACGAAUGCGGACCCAAGACCGUUUUCUUCUACGCCCCGCUCGUGAAAUGGGGGCUGGUGAUGGCCGGAAUGGCCGAUAUGGCGCGACCUGCUGAUAAGUUGAGCGCGAGCCAAUCCGGCGUUCUUUGCUUAUCUGGCUUCAUCUGGUCGCGGUACACCCUGGUCAUCAUUCCGCGGACCUGGGCCCUGUUCGCCGUCAACUUCUUCGUGGGCUGCUGCGGUACCGUGCAGCUGGGCCGCAUUUGGGUAUACCGGCAGAGCCUGGGGAAAACCGGAGUUGCCCUGGCGGAAAUAGAAGAAGAUUCGGGAUAAAGCCUCGACGGCGAGAGAUGUCCGAUGCGCUUUCGGGUUGGAUGGCGCGGGGUCCGGCGCCAUGUCCGACGUUUCGCUCUCCACGUGCUGGCAGCUUCUUUCAGGAUGUGCUUUUCGGGUUGUGCCGCGGUGUUGUUCGGUUUCUCCAGGAACCCGGUUGAGGGGCUCCCAACUCGUGCCGCAACAUUUCCCAUUGGCUGAAAUGUUGCAGCCCGUGUUGCCGAAGGAGCUCCCAGCCGCGUGGAGCGGAACGUCGGACAUCGGGCAGAACGACACGCGGCACAACACGAACGCGCAUCGGAGAGGUGUACACCUCAACCGCGAAACUCCCACACACUGGUAAUUACCCACGGGUGAAUUAUCUGGGUUUCAUAUUGCAUGUUAGCGGAUUCUGUAAUCAGCUGCUCGUCACCUGUCGAGGGUCGGUGACUGAUCAAAGUCGAGUGUUAGUGCCCACGCCACCGCAAACAGGAGCUGAACAAGACGCUCCCAGGAUGUGGAGCGAAAUGUCGGACACCGCCGCGCCAAACUACCCGCGGUGUACAACCCGAAAACGCAUCGGAUAGUCUCAUACAGCGCAACCCGUGAAAACCUACGCAGACAGAAGGGAGAUGUUGCCAUCUGGAAAUGCUCAGCAAAGAGGUGCCGUCCCUUAAUGAGCGGCGCUGCUCUUAUCGAGAGGUUGCUCUCUCGCACUCACCGUAAACAUUUCAUGUUCAGGGCGUGGUAGUAACGCAAGCACAUCGGAGGGCCGUGUUCUUAGUCGGGGCCCAGCUCAGGCUUGAGCCGCUCAGUCGCUUUCAUAAGACGCCCGAGUGAGCAGCUCGGCCACAGCUCCGCUCGGCUCACGGCAAAUCCUGAACACGGCUGAGACCAGCUCGGAGCCGGCUCGAGUUAAGGGCAUGGCUCUGAAUCGGCUCACGCGAGCCAAAAGCCAACUCUGAAGCCGUGAUUAAGAAUGUGCCAGAGAGAAGGGGGCACUUGGUACAGUGGGUAACAUCACCUGUAUGAUAAUGAUGGUGAGGCGUCUCGUAUUUGGUUGUUUUAUCUGCUUGUAUUUCACGGGGAGAGAUGAAGGCUCGGCGCUGAAACCCUCCCAGCAAUAACCUGGCAGGGAUCCAAAAAACAUUUCCGUAAGACUUUGCGCCAAUUAAGAAUUUUCAUGCGUUACAACGUCGCAUAUCCGACCGUCGCACGUCUGCCCCGAACCAAGUAACCGCCACCCAUCACCAGCUCACGCGGUGUUGGCGCACGGUGUAACGGUCAUUUUUCUAAAGAUGUUUCACGUUUUAGUCCUUUUCACAAACCCGUCUGCACUUUGGCCCCCAGCGACGUCAGAUGUGCGACGUACCGCAAUAGGAUCCCACCGAAACUUCUUGAGUGUAAAUAGAUUUUUUUUAGUUUUUCCUCCGAAAAAUAUAGGAAUCCUGUAGGAAACAUUUUAUUCCUUUUUGGGUGUUGUAUUUUAGAGGGCAGGUGGGUUCUUUCGGUGACCGCCCUGGACGUUGGUGUUCGUAUUUCACGGACGGCGUGUGUACAUUUCACCGUUUCGUUGGGAUAAGAACGGUGCCGUAGACAACUUCUCGUCGAAGGUUAUACACGUUCACACACUUCGCGUUGCUCAAUUACGAUCGCACAUUGCAGGAGGAGGAUGUCACUAGACGGAGGAGGUCGUUGGCACAUUCACACCAGAGCCCCGCGCAGCGGCACCACCAUCGCCAUCUGCGGCGCUACCGCGGGACUGGAGCCGACCCCGGGGGCAGAUCACGGUUGACGAGGCCGCCGUUGAGGCCGACGUACAACACGACCACGAUUUGACAUCAGACCGUGGUCGUUUGACAUCGGCGUCACAGCGCCUCUCAUGGAGACCACCAGCUCCCGGCCGGGUUCAAGCGACUGAUGACGGUUGCACAAGGUGGUCCAGAUGCCUUGUGGCCCCCAAUUAAUUGACCCCUAACUUUUUCUGUUCCUCUUCGCUUAUUCGUUUCUGUUUUAAACAAACCUUGCUUUCAAAAAAAAGUAAGUUUUUAGAGAAUUAAAUGGGGGGGUGGGGGGGGGUCACAAGACAUCUGAAGCACCCUGUACAUGCUACAGGUUGCGAGUCGUCUAGAAAGCAUUGCCAUUGCCGUAACAUCUUGCUCAACAUUUCCCAGAAUGCUGUUCGGCUGCUCUCGGGAGCAGUGGGUGGUCGGUUGCGUAAGGCACUACCACUCGAGUACACGGCACCGCUUAUCCGUGACCACCCUUUAUAAUUGCUGCCUAUAUCUGCUAUAAUCCUACGGACAAAGUCGAGGAAACAUUGAGCACAAAUUAAGGUGGUGGGAUGGAUGUUGGCACAUGCUAAAAUAGUUCCGGGAGCACCGUUCAGGGCUGCUCAUGUUGACAUGAAACGCUGUGAUGCCUUUGUCUAUUCCGCUUUUUGUAUUGAGUUUGCCGUCCUUCCCCUGUACCUCCCAUUAUCGCGGUUGGCUACGUACGGUGCGAAAGAAGUUCAAUGUACAUGUUCGUUACCGUAUUUUCCGGAUUAUAAGACGCUUCCAAAAAAACACAUGUGUGCCCCGUGUCGAUAAAGUUAUACAAAUCUGAUCUCGCACCUCCAAAUUUUGUUUUAAAAUCUAGUUGUGGGGUAGGAGUGCCAUGUGAUAAGCCGGAGAAUACGGUACAAAGUGGUAAUAGUUUAGCCGAGUUGUACUUGUGAUAGUGAACUUCGAUUUUCUCUUCAUUCUGAAUCCCAACCAUACGGGGUCAAGCUGUUUCACCAGUUUUUGACACAUCUGGAAUCCUCUAAACCUGAAGCCUGUUGCAGGAUUUGGCAUAUGCUUCACAACAAAUCUGGUUCGGUUUUUUUGUUGUUUAAUUAUCAGAGUGGGGUGUCACUUGACUUUUAUUUGAAGGCCUUGUGGUUUUUAAAGCUUGUAACAUCCGGCUAAGAGCAUACCUCGCCGGUUCUAGCAAAACGUAGGACGUAUGGACAGCGGCGACUCAUCCAGCAGUGGAUGGAUCAUGGCUGAUGACAACGGUGACAAUGAUGACUCAACCUGCAAAGGACACCUGUUGUUAUCCUACGCGUGCAUUUCACUUGGCUCCAUGAUAGCACAGCCCUCAAAUGGGCGAAUAAAAUCUCGUGGACUUAAA